AUGCUGCCUCACCGCGUGCGCGUGAGGGACUUCGCGGCGGCGCGCUCGGCUGAAUUCGCCACCCUCUACGCCGCGCUCGACCGCGCGCGCGCUCCAACGGUCAACGCUGCCGCCAGUGCGCCUAGGGCCGACAGACGCGACCAGCGGAACUGCCGAGCGGAUAGUGCGGCGGAAGAUGCGACGGACGGCGGAGGAGGAGGAGGAGGAAGCGAGGGCCGUCGCGUGGUUGGGCGGCGCGAGUGGGGCGCGCGGCGACGGCGCGAUCGUGUGGCCGUGAGGCACGGCACGCCGCGGCACCUGAUCCGACGGACCAGCAGCUUCGUGCGACGCGGGGGAGCCAGAAAAGGCGGAACGAGCGGAACGCGCAGAACGAGCGGGGCGGGCAGUGCACGUGGGGAAGUGCGCGGAGGCUUGGCGCGGGUGGUCGCGGGGCAGGUUCGCCGAAAGCGCGUCAAGGUCGCGGCGCUGGAGGGCCACGUGGACAGGGGGACGCGGGGCGCGGGGGAGGAUAAGGGCGGGGAGGCGCGAAGGGUUGCGGAAGAGUGGGGGGAAGGGGAGGCGGAAGGAGAAGGGGAGGCGGAAGGAGAAGGGGAGGCGUGCAGGCGAGUGCGCAGAUGGGCGCAGGCGAAGCGGGUGAAGCAGGGGGUGGGGGGAGGGCGGGCAUGGAACGAGGUGGGGGCCCAUGGGGGGGCGAGACGGCUGGCGAGUCACAAGUGGCAUGCGAAGCGAUUCCAUAUGGCGGGCGCGUGGGGGUACACGCUGGCAGCGCGGCUGCAUGGCAGGGGCCGUGGCAGCCGGGCGGUGGUGGAGGCAGCAGGCAGGGCGGCCGUGCUGCACGACGCGUCCUACCACUCCGCCAUCCAGCUCACCGGCACUCAGCACAGCGGCAGGCACAGACGGACAGGUCGCAUGCGGCAUGGAAGGAGGCCAGUCCGUCUGCGCCUGCCACAGCUGCCACCUUUUGCCAGGGUGUUCACUUGCCUCCCGCGUCACCCAACCCCCUUUCCUUCCCCUCCCUUUUGCCCUUUCUGUGGUGCGUUGUGUCUCUGA